AUGUCAUUCAUCGGAGCUUUCAGACAAGCUUUCGGGUCUGAUUCUAGCACGCUAGCUCCUACCAGCAGAGACAGCACACACGCAAAUAAGUCUUCCGAUAUGUAUGCUGAUCAAGGAGAUCUCGGCAGCAGAGACAGCAUAUACACAACCAAGUCAUCUAGCACAUUUUCUGAUGAGGAUUCCUUCCAAGAUAUCAGCCAUGAUAUUGAGCUCGGCAAACUUCCAACCCACAAACCACAAGCUGCUAAUGCACCUACCAACAACGAGGCACCUCUCUGCAGCAAGCUCAAGCGUGAGAUCAACAACAUGCGCCGCACCGGAUUUCUUGACUUCAUGAAGGUCCCCCUACUCGCUGGUAUGCUCUGUCUAGUCAUCGUUAUCCCUAUCGAUUUAAUUCCCAUGUUUACGGACAUCAGCUAUCGCGUCGCUUUUGCUUUCAAAAAUACCGAUGUCAUCAACGGCACUGUGAAUUAUGGGAAUGGUACUAUUGCUCCGCUCAAUGAUGUCAAUCUUGCUGGUUCAAACCUUACAGUUUAUACAUGA